AUGGAUUGGUUCGGGAGGACACUUGGAUUAGGGGAUCGACGGAUGUCGGCGAUGUGUCUGUUGAUCGUCUUCGUGCUCGUGGAACACUCGUACGCGGUGGAUACCAACGAGACCAAGGACACAUGGUCUGGACUCACGAAUGGAUGCUCGAAUAUGGACAACAAGAAUUUGUCGGUUUCCUGUUACGGGGUCAGGAUUGUCAGAAAGAUCGUUCAACAGCUGUUGGAGAAGUCCAGCAAAGAGCCGAAUAUCGAGAUCUUCGAUGGUGUUAGCCUGGUGGAGGUACCUGGUUCUGGUCCAAAUAGAAAGGGAAGGCUGAUGAAGGGAUUCGGUGGCAUGGGGACAUUGGUGCAGUUUUUGGAGGGAAGGGAACUGAGAAUCAAACUACCGAGCUUCCUGCCUCAGAAUAUCGAGAGAGCUUUUCAGGAGAGCCUGCCGGCUGAACAAGGUCCGCUGGGAAAUUCGAUGGAGGCAGGAGGAUAUGGCGGUGGCGGUGGCGGCGGCGGAUACGGCGGGGGUGGCGGCAAAAAGAAGGGAGGCGAUGGGGGAUACAUGAUUAUGGCGCUGAUGAUGGGCAAGAUGAUGGCGGCAAUGGGAAUGGGUGCACUCGGUCUCCUGGCCAUGAAAGCGUUGAUGGUGUCCGCGAUGGCGCUGAUGCUCUCGCUGAUCGUCGCUGUGAAGAAACUGGCAGGCGGCCACGAUAGCGGCGGUGGCCACCACGUGGUAUACGCCCAGGACGUUGGCCACCACCAUUAUCGCAAAAAACGGUCCCUCGGCGAUGAGGACCACGAUCUGCCGUACAGAGCAUACUCUCAUCUGUUCGGCGAGUCACGGGUGUCCUGA